GUGUGCAAAGUUUUCAACCCGAAUCAGCAUCUCACCGCUUCCAUCAAUGGAAGUCGUAACUGAAAACGAAGCCACGACCCGAAUCCUACUGGGUCAAAGCCUCGAAAUCGGGCGGGCACACGGCCUCGAUUCCUCGGACAAAACGAUUUCUCGGCGUCAUCUCUCGCUCUCCGUCGCCGGAGAUACGAACGGCGAAGAAAUCCGCCUGCAAUUCGAAGUCCUCGGAAGAAAUCCGAUCUACGUAUACAGAGAUGGCGAAGUCAAGAUUUUCCGGAGGUUCGAAAGUGGCGAGAUGAGAAAGGGCGACAUGCUGUGCGUUUCCGGAAAGAAUCCCGUUUGGUACUCGGUGAGAGCAACUGAAGAUUGCGGGGAAGGUGUUCGACAAAAUGUCUCAGAGAGUGAUUCGGGAAUUGUCGAUUUUGAUAUUUCGGGUCUGGAUCCUGUUAAAGAAUUUGGUUUUGUGGUUGAAGGGCUCGAGUUUGAUGGAUAUCCGAAAAAGAUGAUGCGCGAUAUCCAGAAUUGGAAUUGGUUCGUUGAGGAAGAAGUGAGAGAUGGAGAAGAUGAUAAUGGGAAGAAAGUGAAGGGGAAGAGGAAGAGAGGAGGAGGGCAUAAUGAUGAUGAGUGGAGCGGCGAAAGUGAAGAUGAGAAGGCGUUGAUGAACAAAUCAAGAAAGGCGCGAAGGGAGAAGUACGUGACAAGGUCCGAGGAUCGCCAUGGUAAGAUGAGCUCAACAAGAACGGAUGAUAGGGUUGUUGAUAAUGAAGAAGAAGACAGGGACAAUGAAGAUGAAGAUGACGAGACAUUAGGGGGCUUUGUUGUGGAUGACGAAAAGGUGGAGGAGGAGGAAGAGAAUGAAACGGAGGAGGAGGAAGAAGAUUUUGAAGAUGAAGAUGAAGACGAAGAUGAAUGACAUGAUCAUACAAGAUCAUAUUGUAGUGCUUUAACUUGUUCGUGUUGUAUGUUAUUGUAUGUUUAUUCUCUCAUAUUUUUGCAUCCCUGUGAUCCAGGUAAUCUAUACCUCAUUUCACUUUCA